AUGAAGCGCACAAGAGUCAGAGGCCAAAAAGAGCCGGCCCAUACUAGUUCCACCAUAGUACCGGCACCUACACCAUUGCAAAAAGGCAAGCGCAAACACACUAAUAGUGUAACAGAAGAACCCAAAAGAAUGUCAAAUGAGGGCCGUGUUCAGCAACCAUUGCAGCCGCUCCGUCAGCAUGAUUCCAAGAAGGCCAAGUUAACGCCCAAACUUAGCAAGGCUUACCGCGCUCCAAAUCUGCUCCAACGUGACAAGGACUUGCUAGGCAACUACAAGAGAGUCCAGGAUGAUGCUGCAGAAUCUGACCUUGACUUGGAUGAAGAUGGCGAAGACCGUGAUGGACGAGACAGCUUACUAGAUGACAAUGACAGGGACGAAGAACUUGCUGACCUCACAGUUGACAAUCUUGACGACGAAGGCGUGCAAUGGGCCAAUAAAAGUGCGAAAAAUCACUAUGUAACCGGGCCAUCCAAGGUGGGCCCAUGGGUGGGUGGGAGCGGGUGGGCCCACAGUGCAGAAAUCACCGACACUGGCGGCUGGGCUGAGGCCUGCAUGCUUGAGGGUGAGAAUGGGCCAGGCGGAUUUGCGAAAAUUUUGACGGAUGGGCCCAGCCUGCAUCUUGUAGGCAUGCUCGGGAACAAGGGCAACGGAUGGGCCCAAAAUGUGCGAUCAGGUGGGCGUGCAAUGCCUGAGGAUAGGCCCAGCGGAUUGCAUGUAAUCUUGAAAAUCACCACAGAUGGGCCCACCGUGGAUUUCAUCUCAGAAAAGGCAAAUUGGGCCAGUGCAUAUGCAGAUGCGGUCUCGGAAACAGUGACGGAUGGGCCCAGUCCGCUGUGUUUGAACUCGGAAAAGGCAACGGACGGGCCCAGUCCCCCAUGGAUAGAAUAA